CAUGCCAGCUUAGCCAUUAACCACACUUCACUCACUCCACUUCUCCAAGAAACCCACACGAACGACGAUGGCAGCAAGAUCGUCGCUGCCAUCCUUCUGCCUCCACCAGAUCAGGUCAGACAGCCGCCGCGGCGCGCCGCCGUCGAUACGCGCCUCCUCCACCGGCGCUGCCAAUGAUGGUGGCCGCAACGACGACGUCGACGGCAAGGAGGAGGAGGAGAAGAGCGAGGUGGGGAGGAAGGUGAUGGUGGUGGCCGACGGCGGCAGCGACGAGGCGCGGACGGCGCUGCAGUGGGCGCUCUCGCACUCCGUCCGCCCCUGCGACACCGUCGUCCUCCUCGACGUCGUCAAGAGCGGCGGCGACGGCGGCGGCAAGAACGGGGAUGAUCCAAGCAGAGGGUGCCAACAUCUGGAGACAAUGAGGAGUAUUUGCCAGGCUAAAAGACCAGAGGUACGCGUCGAGCUUUCCUUGGUGGAAGGGAAGGAGAGGGGGCCGGCGAUUGUGGAGGCGGCGAGGAAGCAAGGCGUGUCGCUCCUCGUCAUGGGCCAGAAGAAGAGGUCGAUCACAUGGCGGCUGCUGGUGAUGUGGAUGACCGGCGGUAAAGGCGGCGGCGGAAGGGGCACCGCCGAGUACUGCGUGCAGAACGCGGCGUGCAUGGCGCUCGCCGUCCGGCGGAAGAGCCGGCGAGGGGGAGGGUAUCUCAUCACCACGAGGCGCCAGAGAGAUUUCUGGCUCCUGGCUUGAUCGAGGUGUCCCAAGAGCUUACAGUAUUGCAUGUGUGUGACCUAACUAUGGCGUGUUGUAGGUGUCUGUUACCGGAGAGGUUAAGUUAAUUAUAGUGGAAUAGGCAUUCAUGAUAUGAGAAAUAAUGCACAAGAUGAGUGAUGGUGUUUGGCGUUGGA